UUAUUACAAAAACUGUUCAUUUUAUCAAGCAAAAAUAAUGAAUGUAAUUAAUUAAAUUAAUAACUUAAUUGCUAAAGUGCUUUCGAUUAUUAAAUACAUGAUGAUCGAUUAUAAUGUCAUUAAAAUAAUGAAUAUCGAAAUGAUGUGAUUAUAGUAACCAUUAAAAAAUUUGAUAGACAUCACGAGCGGCAAUGUAAUCUAUUUACAAGGUUUGAUUUACUUGUGAUGCACAGUGGAAUAAUUGAUAGAUCUAUGACGAACAAAUUUGACGAGAUAAAAUUAUUCAAGAAAAAAAAGCUAAAAAAAAAAAUAUCAAAAAUCCUGAUGGAACAAGAAGAUAUCAUAUUACUAAUGCAAAUAUGAUGCUUAAACUGAUACUACGAAAGUACAUGGCACAUUGAAAAUCGAUACAAGUACAAGAUAACGUUCAGAAAACUCGAAAACUCAUGAGAAUCAUGACUUGGGGGCUUUACUUGGGAAUUGUCUUUAGUUUGGCGUCUUACGCUUAUUCUCAAAUGACUUGGACGCCAAUCUUUGUGAGCAGUGAGAAAAGUCAAGUGGAUUUUUGGACGCAGACUGAAACUGGCUGUGCUUGCAGCUUUAACUCAUCCAGUAAAAAUUGCGCGUGUUGUGUAUUAUCUGGUGGCUGUAGUUGUGGUAUCGCUAUGCCCAAAAGAUGUGCUCAAUGCGGUUUAGAAAAAUAUUGUACAAACAUGUGCAAUAUAACGUUAGAUAGUAAAGAGCUUUUGAGAAAGUCAAAUCGGGCUUUUGGUCAAAUAAAAUCCCCAUCUGUAGAAGGACCGACUGAGUGUACUUAUAGGUUUAUCCCAGAUGUAGGUCAAAGGGUUGAAUUACAGAUCUAUCGUUUAAUCUCCAUUGGACGUCACAAUGGAAAGUCAUGCGAAGGUGGUUGGCUUGAAUUGGAAGGUGGUGCUCGAAUUUGUGGCUCUAAUGUGCGCUCCGACCCACCUGUCGUUCUUUUUUCAGACAAGUCACCAGCAACACUCUGGAUGAAAAUAAAUGAAAAUACAACGAGAUCUCAAUUUUUAGCGUACUUUAGUUUUGCAUCAAGAACAAGCACGUCGGUUGGAUGGCCGAUGAAGGGUGGGAAAGCAGUGAAUAGUACAGAAUGUGAUUGGAUCUUCGACGAUUGUUUAAAUACAGAUUGCAUACUGGCAAGUCCUUCCUAUCCAGGUCUUUAUCCUCCAAACAUCCACUGUCACUACCUCAUCAAAUCAGAUGUCAAUGUAUCAAUUGUUAUAACUUUCAACUCUCUACUGUUAGCAUAUAAAGACUUUAAUCAUUGCACUAAUGAUUACGUUGCUGUGUAUGCGGGUUCUACUACUUCAAGUACAAUGUUAAAGAAGCUUUGUAACAAUGAAAAGAUCACCGUAGUUCAUUUUGGUUCAGAAGUUCUCAUAGAAUUUAAGUCAGGUCCAGAAAUACCUCCUUUUAAUUACAAUGGAUUUUUUGCUCAAGUUACUCUCAUCCAAAUGACGACUGUGCCACCAACUACCACUUCUAUUUCUAAUACAAUUAAAACAGUUGAAGAUACGUAUGAUAAAUCCAAUCAUCACAUCAAAUAUAAUCGUAAUUUCAACGAAAUAUAUAUAAGCAAUACAACUUCAGGCUGCAAUUUAGAGAUCGAUGGAACUAUAUUACGAUCCGGCCACUAUGAUACUAGAGGAAAACACAAAUUAACUAAUUGCCGUUUUAUUUUUCGAGGUCGCCCUUUUGACACUGUUCACAUCCUUCUAACUGGUUACAAUCUUAGUUCGCCAGACUGUAAAUCAAUGAUUGAAAUAUGGGACGGAAAUUUAGCUGACGGAAAGAAUGAAAAUACCAUCAAAUCUUCAAAGAGAAUUUGUAGUCCGGCACAAAAUAUCAGACAACCACGACAAUUUCAAAAUUCUGAAAGGUACACGGAAUCAGAACAUUAUUCAUCAACUGGUAAAGAAAUGACGAUUGUUUUUAAACGUCUUGAUAAUAAAUCUGAUGAUGAACAGUUUAUGGACUUUUCUUAUUAUUUUCAUGACGAAGGCGAAGGAGGUACAUUACGACCCUCGAGUACUUGUGAUGUUGAAUAUUACGGUUUAACUUCACCGAAGCAAGGAAAACUAACCAAUCCUAUUCUCAAAUUUUUUCCUGUUUAUGAUUCUAUAGGAUGUAAACAACAUUUUAUUCCCGCUUCAAAUCAAUCAUUAAUUUUAAUUAUCGAUAAUGCCUUCACGAUUAACUCUAAUAAUCAGCAAUGUGAAACAUUGUGUGGUGACAGUGGUUGUCGUUGUGUCAGCGAUAAACUUCUUAAUGAUAUAAAUCAUCUGAAAAUAAUAUCUGAACCUAAUCAUGUAAUCAUAUGCUUAUGCGGAAAUUAUCAGAACUGGCUACCGCUCAGAGUUCGAAGUUGGAGUCCACUUUACAUUGAGUGGUUCCACUCAUCAGGAUCAAACCUGAACUUGACAGCGAAUUAUAAGUUUAUAGAAGAUACUUACUGUGGUGACCACUCAACUUCUCAACUUCAAGGGUUUGUGAGAGCAGGAGACUUGACAAAUAACGCGAUUACAAAUCAGUAUUAUCAACAAAAAUGUACUUGGUUAUUGGAAUCGAAGAUUGACCGUCAAUUGAUUAUUGAGAUGGAGUCAUUACAAGAUAGACCGUGUACUGCAUGGAAUUUAACGAUACAUGAAUAUAUAAUAAGUGAAAAUCCUAUUGGACAAAGACUUUACACAUUUUGCUCAAGAGAUAGACGAAAAAAUUUUACUCUUCCAUGGAGAAUGAAUACAGCUAUUAUUCGACUUCAAGCUUUAAGUAGAACGGCACCGCAAUAUAUUAUUAAAUGGCAAAGUAUUACAGUAGCAAGUAGCACACGAAAAAAUGAACCAUCACCUGCACCUGAUUUCGUAUUGAAUUCUUCAGUUUCUCGGUUCAAAUUUUAUCAUCAAACAUUGAUAACAUCGAAAAUUUGGACAAGUAUACACAUGAUUUUUAUAAUGUCAUUGUUUAAUUAAAUAAUAGUAAUAUGAUAAUUAAAUUAUUAUCACAAAAUUACUAAGAAGAUUAACCAGAUCACUGAAAAAUUCUUUUCAGAAAAUUAGAUACUCUAUAAAAUUGUAGAUCAGGCAAUAAAGAAUUAUGGAGAAUCAUAUAUAAAUAAGUAAAUACAUACAUAAAUAUAUAUUUGUAAAUAUUAUAAAUAGAAAAAAAAAGAAUAGUAUUUAUAGAAUUUGUACAAAAAAGCGAAAUUUGAAAAGCCUAAAAAAUAAAUAUAUUAAUUAUAAAUAGAUAGUAAUUCUAAAUUAAAUUUAGAGUCAACACUUAACAAAGAUAAAAGGAAUAAAAUUCCUUACAUGUAAUAGGUAAAAAAGUCAACUGUGUGAGAUUUCUUAAUUACUGGUAUUUUGAUAAAUAAUUUUUAGAUGUGAAUUGCAGUUUUAAAUAGAAAUGAAUUGUUUGACUACGAAAAAAAAAAUUCUAAUCUAUACCUUCGACAUAAAUAAUACUAACAGACAUACAACUACGUCUAUUACUAAAAUACAGUAUCAGUAUAAUAAAAAAAAAAAUC